AAACUGCAGCCUAGUUUCACAUGUAUAGUGUAUGACGGCGGUAUUUAAACGGUUUUGUACUUUGUUUUCAGGUAUGGCUUUUAUUAGGAAUUUAUCCGGAGUGUUGCAUUCAAGGUUACGGGGUCUUCAUCCACAGCAGCUGGCAUGUCUCCACACCAGCACGUCGCUGGAGUCAAAGAACUGGGAGAGGAAAAACCUGAAGGUGUAUCCGCCUCAGGGACUAGAUGAUGAUCGCAGACCAGCAGAGGUCCACCACAGCCGGAGGCAGAUCAAGUACAGCAAAGACAAGAUGUGGUACCUGGCCAAAAUGAUCCGAGGGAUGAGCAUCGACGAGGCCAUCGCACAGCUGUCCUUCAACGACAAGAAAGGAGCAAAGAUCAUGAAAGAGGUUCUCGAGGAAGCUCAGGAGAUGGCGGUCAAGAAUCACAAUGUAGAGUACAAAUCCAACUUGUAUGUGGCGGAGUCCUUCUCCAGUAAAGGGAUGUACCUGAAGCGGAUCCGUUACCACGCCAGAGGGAGGUUUGGCAUCAUGGACAAAGUUAACUGCCACUACUUUGUGAAGCUGGUGGAGGGAUCGCCGCCCAAAAUCGAGGAGAAGACGAGCUUUGAUCAGGCCAAAGAGUACGUCCAGAACCUGAAGAACCGAAAAAUCAUCCACAGCCUGUAGACGUCUCAUCCCAUCAAAAUUUUACAUGUAACUUGUACUGUGUUUCUGUCUCUCUUGUUUCACUUGACAUUUGUAAAUAAAAUAAAAAAAGAAAGAAACAAUCA